AUGGUCAAAGCAAUGGGAGUCUUUUAUUUUAUUAUUAUUAUUAUUAUUAUUAUUUCCUCCAUCCUGUCCAGCAGCAACAGCGAACAGCUGCAAUCCAAAACCAGUUGCAGAGAUCCCAAGGAGGAAGGGAAACCCACACUAACGGCUUCUGAGUUCUGACUGAGAGCCAUCCAAGUGUGGAAAAUGGUAUGAAUUAAGGGGAGGAGGUGUCCAUCUGAAAUCGGCAUACUUAAUAGAUGCACAAGGGUAUGGAUUUGUCGACGCUCCAAUCUAGGGCAUCCUCUGCCUACAUUCCACCCCACCGUACGCAGCUCCAUCCCCGCUUGUAUUCAAUCCCAACCCCCAAACCCUCAUCAUCCUUAUCACAGCACUCCCGCGACAAGUGGCUCAUCAUCGCUGCCUUCGUCCUUACCAUCCCUUUCCUAUUCUACCUCUUCUCCCUCGCCCAAGGCCUCCACCGCUCCUCUAAAUUCACCAAUCCUAACCCCGGCCCUAUCCUCUUUGGUCUCGUCCUCCACGCCUCCCCCUCCGCCUGCCGAAUCCGCGUCUUCCACUCCCUCAAUGACGCUCCCAUUCCCUUCAUUGCUUCCAAUUUCAACUCCAAUUCUCUCAAGCUCCGCCCCGGUCUCCCCGAUGAUCCUGGGGCUGCUGGGCCCUCUAUUUUGGGGUUGAUUGAGUUUGCACAGCGGAGGGUGCCGAGAUCCACGUGGAGCAGCACCAAGGUGCAGCUGGAGUUGGAGGGUCUGGGCGCGGAGUUGACAGAGGCCGCCUUGGAGUCGUGCCGCAGAGUCUUGAGGUCGUCCGGGUUUUUGUUCAGGGACGAGUGGGCGCGCGUCAUGAAAGGUCAAGAAGAAGGAGUUUAUUCUUGGGUUGCUGUAAAUUAUGCUCUUGGAAGCUUGGGAAGUGAGCCUCAGGAAACCACUGGGAUAGUUGAACUCGGUGGGGCUUCUAUGCAGAUUGCAUUUGCUUCAAGAGAAACGACACCAAUGCAAUUUUUGCGAGUUAUCAAGUUAGCUGGAGUAACAUACAAUCUACAUACUCGAAGCUUAACUCAAUUUGGUCAGAAUGCAGUUUGGGAGUCACUUGUUGAGCUGAAAAAUUCUAGAGCUUCAAGUUCUAAAGAGGGGAUUGUAAACAAUCCUUGCAUUACCAGAGGGUAUGAUUUGAUGCCAGAUGCAAGUGGCACAAAACUUCUUACAUCCCAUCCUGCUGGGAACUUUUCCUCUUGCAGAUUGGAAACAUUGGCAUUGUUAAAGAGAAGAAAAGAUAAAUGCUUACAUCCUCCUUGUAAAAUCAUGUCAUCUUUAUUUGUUGAGUCACAAGGCAAGCCUGUUCCUCCAGAAAACUUCUUUUAUACUUCUGAGUUUUUUGGGUUGGUUCCCAAGGCUUCUUUGUCUGAAUUGGAAGUGGCUGGACAGCAUUACUGUGAAGAUGAUUGGGAUACACUGAAGAGGCAACAUUCUGAAGUUGAUGAUUUGGAUUUGUUGAGACAUUGUUUCUCUUCAGCUUAUACUGUGGCAUUGUUGCACGAUGCUCUUGGAAUCCCCAUGAAUGAUACAAGGAUUGGAUUUGGAAAUCACACAGGAGGCAUUCCCCUUGACUGGAUGUUGGGAGCUUUCAUCCUCCAGACAAUGCUGGAGCCCCUGGAGCUGGAAACAGAUAGCCUGGUCCAGAUUGUUGGGAAUGAGUCAGUCACAUACUUCUCAUUGUUUGCCUUUCUUUUAAUAGCUGUGCUUGCUGCAUUCUUUGUACUAAAAUGGCGAAAACCACAAUUAAAGACAAUAUACGACCUAGAGAAGGGACGCUAUAUUGUUACCCAUGUACCCAGGUAAUUUUUUUUCCAUCAUCACUGGCCUUUUUUCUUUUUUCUGUUGCUUUCCUUUUGUGUUUUUGUUUUUAAAUCUUUGUUUCUCUUCUCAUUUAUAAACCUGUAAAAUUGUCUAUAUAUUUCAAAAUUAAUGCUGCAGUAUCCUAUUAGUGAUUAGCAGCCUUAGGUUCCCAUGCCCAACAUAUAUAUAAGAAUGAACAGAAGAGGCAUUCCAAUUCAUUUGUUA